GAGCCCUGUUCACAUGGGGCUUCCCGGGCAGGGAAUGGGGGUGACUCCCUAGAGAAUAGACGUAAAAAUAAAUGAAAUCCAACAUCGGGUGGGGGAGGCAAAGUCAUCGUCUGCAUGGGAAAGAGAGCUCAGACAUUGCCCACGAACUCUGCUCUUGACCAAGAGGACCCAUCCCCACCCUGUUGUUUGCAGUAAAGAAUCACGACUGGAGCGGAUCCAGAAACGCGUGGUGACAUCAGGAAGCUGUUGGCGCUGUGUGAGUGCACACUGAGAACCAGGAAGGAAGUCCUGUUCAAGAAGCUAUUUUCUGAACAUCCCUCUACACCCUGGAUUUCACAACAUGCAUACAUUUAGGUGGAGGAUCGAGACCCCAUGCCCUCAAUGGCAGCUAUAAUUUGGGAGUCAAAUGCUGUCAGAAGCACUUAUAGCUUCUGUGGGAUCCCCUCAUACAGACAGAAAAGGAUGUGUGACCGGAACGGAGGCCGGAGGCUUCGGCAGUGGCUGAUUGAGCAAAUUGACAGCAACAUGUACCCAGGGCUGAUUUGGGAAAACGACGAGAAGAGCAUGUUCCGGAUCCCUUGGAAACACGCUGGCAAACAAGAUUAUAAUCAGGAAGUGGACGCCUCCAUUUUCAAGGCCUGGGCGGUUUUUAAAGGGAAAUUUAAGGAAGGGGACAAAGCUGAACCAGCCACAUGGAAGACAAGGCUACGCUGCGCUUUAAACAAGAGUCCAGAUUUUGAGGAAGUGACAGACCGGUCCCAGCUGGACAUUUCUGAGCCAUACAAAGUUUACCGCAUCGUCCCAGAGGAAGAGCAAAAAUGCAAAUUGGGCGUGUCGACUCCUGGCUGUGUGAAUGAAGUCACUGAGAUGGAAUGUGGUCACUCUGAAAUUGACGAGCUGAUCAAGGAGCGUCCUGUGGAUGAGUACAUGGGGAUGGUCAAAAGGAGCCCUUCCCCGCCUGAGGCCUGCAGGAAUCAGCUCCUCCCAGACUGGUGGAUGCAGCAGCCCAGCACAGGCUUGCCGCUGGUGCCGGGUUACGCCGCCUAUGAUGCACAGCAUUCAGUCUUCUCCCAGAUGGUCAUCAGCUUCUACUACGGGGGCAAGCUGGUGGGCCAGACCACCACCACCUGCCCCGAGGGCUGCUGCCUGUCCCUGAGCCAGCCGGGCCUGCCCAGCACCAAGAUGUAUGGGUUGGAGGGCCUGGAGCUGGUGCGCUUCCCGCCUGCGGACACCAUCCCCAGCGAGCGGCAGAGGCAGGUGACGCGGAAGCUGUUCGGGCACCUGGAGCGAGGCGUGGUGCUGCACAGUAACCGGCAGGGCGUGCUGGUCAAGCGGCUGUGCCAGGGCCGCGUGUUCUACAGCGGCAACACCGUGCUGUGCAAGGACAGGCCCAACAAGCUGGAGCGCGACGAAGUGGUCAAGGUCUUCGACACCAGUCAGUUCUUCCGAGAGCUGCAGCACUUCUACAACAACCAGAGCCGGCUUCCCGACAGCAGGGUGGUGCUGUGCUUCGGAGAGGAGUUUCCAGAUAUGACCCCAUUGCGCUCCAAACUCAUCCUCGUGCAGAUUGAGCAACUCUAUGUCCGGCAGCUGGUGGAAGAAGCUAUGAAGAGCUGUGGCGCUGGGUCCAUGAUGCAGGCUCCCGAGGAGCCCCAGCCAGACCAGGUCUUCCGGAUGUUUCCAGAUAUUUGUGCCUCCCACCAGAGACCCUUUUUCAGAGAAAACCAACAGAUCACAGUUUAAGUCUCUCUCUUGGGCACCCCACCCCGCCCACAUCUCAUAGUUCAUUAUUACAAUUACUGUUGUAAUUAUUUAAGGAUAUAGAUCCCUCUGACCUGGGGUGGGAUGCCUCACUCUGCUCUUAAUUUAGUAAGGGCGUUCUCCGAGGGCUCCACGUUCAAAGCGAAGUUGUGUCCAAGUUCUAUCGUUCUGAUGUAAACAUUGAAGCUCAUACCAAGUGGUCUGCAUGGUGUAACUAGAACCUCUGAUUAAAACGUUUGUUUCCUGUA